AGAAGGCUGGGGUUGUGGACAGUGACGCGACAUCAUUGAAACAUCAAUGAGAAAAACAAUAAUGGAGGCUUGUAAUGCUGUGGAACGCGAAGUUGACAAAGUUUUAUCAAAAUUUGGAGCAAUAAAUGAACAUGCUGUCAGUGUUCUUCGUGACUUGAUAGCCGAGAUUGAAACCCUGAAGAGGGAACUUGAAGAAUAUCCAGCAAAUUAUGAAUCAACAUCCGCACAGCACCAGGAGUUGAAACUGGCGAUGAGCAAAGUGCGAGACACAGUUCACAGAUUAGCAACAGAGCAUCGUGAAUUGCACAGUACAGUCUCUAAAGUUGGCAAAGCGAUUGACCGGAAUUUCAUAGCAGAUUUUGCCAGCACAAGCAGGGAAGAUGUAUUCUCCGGAGCGGAAAAGACACAUCUUCUCAAUCAAGUCAUCUGCCAACACUUUUAUCGUCAAGGAAUGCUUGAUAUUGCUGAUGAACUCGCAGCGGAAGCUGGAAUUAAGACUGAAGAAGGACGAAAGGAACCCUUCACGGAAUUAAAUUAUAUCCUCGAUUGCUUGAAGCAAAAAAAUCUGGAGCCAGCACUCGAAUGGGCGACGAAACACAAGGACGCUCUUCUUGCACAAAGCUCAUCGCUUGAAUUCAAAUUACAUAGGCUGAAAUUUAUAAGGCUGGUGCAGCAAGGGCCAAGCAAACAAAGCGAGGCGAUAAUGUAUGCCCGGAAACAUUUACCGCAGUUUGUGAGCCGGUAUGAAAAAGAGGUGCAGUCCCUGAUGGGAACUUUACUCUACUUGCCGAAUGGCAUUCAAUCCUCGCCCUACAGUCAUUUACUCGACCCCACAUUAUGGCUCGAAAUCCACGAUGUAUUCACGAGAGAAGCCUGCACACUCCUAGGAUUAAGUGUCGAUAGUCCUUUGUCAGUUUGUAUUAACGCAGGAAUAACGGCGCUUCCUGCGCUCUUGAAUAUCAAGCAAGUCAUGCAACAGAGACAAGUCACAGGUAUCUGGAACGGAAAGGACGAACUCCCCAUUGAAAUUGACUUGGGUAAGCAGAGUCGUUACCAUUCAGUGUUUGCAUGUCCGAUUCUUCGUCAGCAGAGUACGGAGAACAAUCCGCCGAUGAAAUUAGUUUGCGGACACGUGAUAUCGCGCGACGCCCUGAACAAGCUGACAAGCGCGAACAAAAAUCAAUUCCAUUCCAGAUUGAAAUGCCCGUAUUGCCCGAUGGAUCAGAAUCCAGAAGACGCUCGACUCAUCUAUUUUUAGAGUGCUGUGAUAAAUGACAAGACGUACUGGCCCAAAUCUCUCGACCGCCGCCUUUCUUUAAUCAGUUUAAGUAUAGCCAAUAAUUUUCUCUAGAGGAUAGAUUUAUUUGUAAAUUGAACGCGUGAUGAUGAUUAUGAUGAUUAUGAUGAUGCAAUUUCUUUGUCGAUUCAACAACAGAGGAAUGAUGAUAUUUAUUAAGUUGGAGAAUGGGGCAAAAUCUGAAUUUACAAAAUUGAUUCAGCUUUAUGAAUUACUCGUUAAUUAUUAUAAUUGUAUAGUUUCUUUUUUGUGUUUACGUCUGGUCAAUUGUCAUAAAGCGUGCAGAAGUUUUAUCGAAGAUUUCUCCGUUUUGUCUAAUAAUAAUCAGUUUGAAAAUAUUUAUACGUGAUAAUCUUGUGUUGCAAUGUUUCUCUUUUUUAUGUCGAUGAAUGAAGAUUGAAUUGAAGAAUAUUUCGAUCCUUGAUAAUUAUGAUAAUGAUAAUCGGGUCGGGGUUUUCUCAAAAAUUCGUAACACAAAGUUCGUGUGAGUUCUCUCUUUAUACAUUUUCUGGGUCUAAAUAGAUGCAGUUUUAAAUGCUAUUACUUGACGUAAUAUGCUAUCGAAAUAAUAAUAAUCAAGACGAUUUUAUUAAAAUUCAACUGCUGAGAUUAUUAUAACAGUUGAAAUAUGAAUACGGUUUCAAUUAACCAAAAAAAAAAAAAAAAAUA